AUGGCAGCCAUUGACAGGACGUUACGGAAGGCUAAUCAAAUUGUGUUUUGCUUCAUUUUGUGUCUUAGUUUAAUCAGAUAUGAGUGCAGUGCAUUAUCUACAUAUGCUAUAGUUAAAGAAGAUGAAUCAAUUACCAAUGUCCUACCAUCUGGGGCCCUACAGGUGACAGCGGAUCAGCUUACCAACAUUCGGUUGGUAGGCCAGUACGACGAUGUCUCGAGCGUGGUCUGUGUGUUUACUACUGAAGAGAUGGAAAAGGGCGAAGUGUGCAACUCAGACCAUUCUAAGCCAUUUCGCGGUGCUAACGAAAAUAAUACGGUGGUAAUUGAGAUUCGUUUAAAACUAUUUCAGGAUGAUGGAGAUACUACUUCAUUGGAUUAUUUUCUUUGUUUACAAGAUGAAAAGGAACGAUUUAUACAUCAGGGCAGUCAGGCUUGGUUGACAGUGAAUGUGGUUCCGAAAGCCGCUAAAUAUAUCCUUCCUCUUGGAGUCCAAAUUGUUUGCAUUAUAAUUUUAUUACUAAUGUCUGGCUUGUUUAGUGGUUUAAAUUUAGGUCUAAUGGCUUUAGAUCCAACAGAGCUUAAAAUUGUUCAAAAUUGUGGUACCAGUAAAGAAAAGAAAUAUGCAAAGCGAAUUGCACCCAUAAGAAAAACCGGUAAUUAUCUCUUGUGUACAUUACUGCUUGGAAAUGUUUUGGUAAACACUACUGUCACAGUCUUACUCGACGAUCUCUCUUCUGGUCUCCUCGCGGUUUUAGGUGCAACUGCUGGAAUUGUUGUGUUCGGAGAGAUAGUUCCCCAAUCAAUUUGUUCGCGCCACGGGCUUGCCGUUGGCGCUACAACCGUGUGGAUCACCAAGUUUUUCAUGGUAUUCACGUUUCCUAUUUCAUAUCCUAUUAGCAAAUUAUUGGAUUUUUUACUUGGACAAGAGAUAGGAAAUAUUUAUAAUAGAGAGCGCUUGCUUGAGUUAUUGCGGGUGACGGAUGAAUUCAACGACUUGCAGAAGGACGAGGUUGAUAUUAUAUCUGGUGCAUUGAAGUUGAAGGGAAAGAGUCACAAAGAAGUCUGCAGGUUUGCCUCUGGUGUACAGGUAAAUGUUGUCAUCUUUGUGCUCAAGUCGGAUGUCACAGAUUAUGUCUUGUUCCAUGAGGCGAUGAAGGACAUUCUCACUGAUUAG